AUGGGUUGGGCUGAUGUGGGCUAUCACUCGGACCAUAUCCUGAGCCCCAAUAUUGACACUCUGGCCGCCGAUGGGGUUGUAUUGAACCAAUUUUACACACAUUCAGUGGGCGUUCAAAGUAGGACAGCGUUGUUCACAGCCGUUCAUCCCAUACACACCGGAUAUCAUGGGCCAGAAUUGGCUCAGUGUUCGCCCACUGGUCUCCCACUACACCAUAAACUGUGGCCGCAAUACAUGAAGCAAUACGAUUACUCCACACAUAUUGUCGGUAAAUGGCAGUUGGGUUUUGCGCGCAAGGACUACACGCCUACCCACCGGGGCUUUGAUUCGCACGUGGGCUUUUGGUCGUAUUUUAAACACUACUAUCAGCACACGGGCUGCGAAUCACCAAGGGCGUUUAACACGAGCCAUCCUAUUUGCGGCCAUGAUUUCCGGCACAAUAUGACCUCAACAACAGAAGGCACCGGUGUUUACGCCACACACUUAUAUCGAGAUCGAUAUAACCAUGAUCAAUCGCGUCCACUAUUCCUUGUGCUGUCACAUCAGGCCCUGCAUGCCUACAAUCUAAUACAACCCGAUCCCGGAUAUAUUCCAUAUAUGGAUAGGUUUGCAUACAUUGCUAACAAACGGAGACAGACAUUGGCCGCAAUGGCGUACGCGUUGGACGAGUCAAUCGGCGCUGUUGUCCAGCGCUUACAAACUCGACAAAUGCUUAACAAUAGUAUUGUUGUGUUCGUCAGCGAUGGGGGACCUAAUAUAUCGCUAAGAGUGCCGGCAUUUAUUUGGAGUCCAUUACUGGCCAAAAGUGGUUACAUUUCCGACGCUCUCUUCGAUGUGGCGGAUGUGUUGCCAACCGUUUUGGAAGCUGUGAUCGAUAGCCAUCACAAU